GGGCGGAAACUAAUCCUCCUCAGCGGUGAAGGACAGCUCUAUCGUCCAAUCAGCUACCAGGAGUUCACCGGGGGUGGCCAAUCACAAUCAAGCAAAGGGAUCAUCGUACGUAGUCGGACGGAGAGUCAGAACCAGGACGGAGGCAGCAGUUCCUGCGAUGAGGAGACGGUCGUCACGGUGACAUGGAGAAGUACGAGAAGCUGAAGAAGAUCGGGGAGGGGUCAUUCGGGAAAGCCAUCCUGGUCAAGUCCAAAGAAGAUGGACACCAGUACGUCAUCAAGGAGAUCGGCAUCUCCAGGAUGUCCAGCAGGGAGCGGCAGGAGUCGAGGAAGGAGGUGGCGGUUCUGGCCAACAUGAGCCAUCCUAACAUCGUGCAGUACAAGGAGUCCUUCGAAGAGGCGGGGUGUCUCUAUAUUGUGAUGGACUACUGCGAGGGCGGAGACCUCUUCCGUAAGAUCAACUCCCAGAGAGGAGGGCCCUUCCCUGAAGAACAGGUCCUGGAUUGGUUUGUUCAGAUCUGCCUGGCUCUGAAACACGUCCACGACAGGAAGAUCCUCCACAGGGACAUCAAGUCCCAGAACAUCUUCCUGACCAAACACGGGGCUGUGCAGCUGGGAGACUUCGGGAUCGCCAGAGUGCUCAACAGCACGGUGGAGCUGGCCCGGACCUGCAUCGGGACACCCUACUACCUCUCCCCGGAGAUCUGUGAGAACAAGCCCUACAACAACAAAAGUGAUAUCUGGGCCCUGGGCUGUGUGCUGUAUGAGAUGUGUACCCUCAAGCAUGCUUUUGAGGCGGGGAACAUGAAGAACCUGGUCCUGAAGAUCAUCCGCGGGUCCUACCCCCCGGUGUCACUGCACUACUCCCAGGACCUGCGCUCCCUGCUGGGCCUGCUCUUCAGACGCAACCCCCGGGAGCGGCCCUCCGUCGGCACCGUGCUGCAGAAGCCCUUCCUCUCCUGCAGGAUCCACAAGUUCCUCAGUCCCCAGAUCAUCGCUCAGGAGUUCAGCCCCGCCUUCCUCCACAAGCAGCCUCCAGGGGGCGUGGCCCCGGGGCUCCCAGCAGCGAAGCGUCCAGCCCAGGCCUCCACCCUCCUCUCCCCGGCUCAGAAGAUCACUAAACCCGCCGCCAAGUACGGUGUUCCUCUGGCGGCCAGGAGGGUGUCAGAGGGAGCCAGGAGACCGAGAGUGGCCGCCGCCCCCCCCCAGAGGAGAGUGAGUCACGCGGAGGACGAGAGGAAGAAACACGAGGACGCGGUCCGGAAGAAACGCGCGGAGCUGCUGGAGAAGGAGAGGAAACACAAGGAGCAGGUGCUGCUGCUGAAGGCGGGCCAGGUGAAGAGCUACGAGAGGGAGAAGAUGAACCGGAUCAACCAGGCGCGGGAGCAGGGCUGGAAGCACGUUCUGGGAGCCAGUGGGGGGGGCAGCCCGGAGAGGAAGGGUUUCGGCAAGAGGGCCGGGGGGGCGGGGCCUGGUGCUGGCCCCUCCCUCUGCAUAGGCCCCGCCCCCUGUCCGGAACAGGCCCCGCCCUCUGCUAUAGUCCCCGCCCACGGCAGGGCGGCCUACGAUCACUACCACACAAACCUGUCCAGGGAGGGUAGCCCAGUGCGGGGUGUUCCUGCUGCUGUCGGGCCGCUCCCCCCCCAAAACCCAGACGCCGUCCGGAAGGAAAUCCUGAGACUGCAGUCCGUCUCCAGACAGGCCCACAUCCACAGGCACCGGGCCCAGGUGGGGGCGGGCCGGGGCUGCCAGGUGGAGCAGUUCCUGCAGCGGAAGAGAGAGGCCAUGCUGAACAAGGUCCGGGCGGAGGGACAGCUGGAGUAUCUAACCCGCCUUCGUCAGAUCCGGCUGCAGAACUUCAACGAGCGGCAGCAGAUGAAGGCUCGGAUGAGAGGGGAGAAGUACGACAGCGACGGCUCAGACAGCGUCGGGUCCAGUGAGGAGGCGGAGCUACGCAGGAAGAAGAUAGAGGUGCUGAAGGCCCAGGCCAGUGUGCGGGCGGCCGUGCUCCAGGAGCAGCUGGAGAGGAGGAGGAAGGAGGCGUCUCAGAAGGCCUGGGAGGAGCACCUGGUGGCCCGCGGGGUGAAGGUCGCCGUGGCAGCCGGAGGAGACGCGGGGUCGCGGGUCAGCUCGUUGGAGCCGACCUCUGACCUCCGGGAGAACCUAGACCCUGCUGACCCCCCCCCUCUGCCCGCCAUCUCCAUGACAACGGCUCUGAAGGAGGUCGGAGCGAACUCGGUCCGUAAUGAAGACGCGCUGAAGACCGAGACGGCUGAGAUCCAGAGGGAGAAGAAGGAGAUCCUCCGGAGGCUGAAUCAGAACCGCCAGCUCCAGAGUCCAGUGGAGGAGGAGCCCCCAGCUCCUCCCCCUCCUCCCCCUCCUCCUCCCCCGGCUCCUCUCCCCCCCCCGGGCCCUGUGGGCCCCGCUCCCCCCCCCCAGGACCAGGCCCCCCCUCCCUCGGAGGAGCGGCCGGGCUCCGGAGGAGACAGGAGGAGGUGGGAGGCCGGAGCUCCUGUGGUUCUGGCCCUGGGCCAGCAGACCCUCAACGAGAGCUGCAUCAACGCCGACCAGACUGUGGGGGAGGUGAUCAGGAUGGGUGUGGCCUUGGGGGAGGGGCCUAGGAAGGCAUGGGGGAGGAGUCCCGACAGCCUGGUGCUCCGGGUCUUACAGGAGGCGGAGCUUCAGUCCCUCACCCAGACGAUACUGGGAGACAGCAGCCCCUGCCAGGAUAACUCCCACCUGGGGGAGGGGGAGGGAUCCAGCCCGCCCGCUGCUCCCCCCUCGGACCCCCGGUUCAGAGGUCAGGAGGAGGGGGGGGUCACGGCCCCCGUCCCUGACCUGGAUCAGGGUCCUGGCGCUGGACCCGGGGCGGACACCAGACCUGGAGCGACCUCUGACCUCACAGAGAUCCUGGACCCCCUGGACCUGGAGGCCGUGGUUCUGGGGGCGUGCACGCAGCAACGUGCACGCCCCCCCGCUGAGGUGAAGCAGGUCUGGCAGCCGCCGCCCCCCCAGCCACCAGAGGGCGCCGCGGCCCCAGCAGAGACGGCGGAGAAGCCCCCCGACCCAGCAGCCCCGCCCCCGUGGGAGGAGCCUCUCUUCUCGCGGCUGUGUAGCCCCGCCCACCGGCGGACCCUGGCCCUCCUCUCGGCCCAGUCCUCCCUGGACGACUCCUCCUGCUCCCUGGCGUCCCGCUCCCGCUCCGUCUCCCCCCUGCGCUCCUCCCAGCACCGGGACCUCCUGCUGGGGCUGUCGGCCGGCCUGUUCGACUCCCCCAACCCCAAGAUGCUGAGGACCUGCUCUCUGCCCGACCUGAGUCUCCUCUUCAGCUCCACGGUCGCCCCCGGCGAUGACCCGGCCGUUGCCCCCGACAACCACCUGGAGGCUAAGGACGACGACCAAUCAGAGGCUGAGGACGGCUACGAGGAUGAGGACCUGAGGGAACUCAGGGCCUCCAUGGAGCGACUCCUCCAGGAGGAAGAGGAGGAGGGCGGGGACUUCCCCAGGAGCCCCCCAGAGGAAGAGGAGGAGCGAGAAGGAGACUUCAACGGGAACCCAGAAGGCUGUGCAGCCCCGCCCCUCCUAGAGGGGGGAGGAGCUUCUGAGGAGGAGGAGGAGGGGGGAGGGGCUCCUGAGGAGGUGGAGGAGGAGCUGAACCACAUGGUGGAGGACGAUGAUGAGGAGGAAGAGGAGGAGGAGGGGGAGGAGGAGGAGGAGUCCAAUGGAAGCCCUGGAGAUGAGGAGGUGGAAGAUCUGCUGACCAACGGUGUGGAGGAGGAAGAGGAGGAGGAGCAGCAGGAGGAGGAGGAAGAGGAGGAGCACAGCAGAAACAGUCAGCUCAAUGAGGAGUGGCACUCAGACAGCAGUGGGGAGGAGGCAGAGCAGCAGCAGCAGCACCAGGACAGCAUCUUCAGCCGUCUGGAGGAGCUGCGCUUCAAACUGGAGCAGCUCAUGGGCUUCGAGAACUUCAUCGAGGCCUACAACAAGAUCAAGGCCAUCCACGAGGACGAGGAGGAGAGCAUCGAGCUGGGAUCCAGCCUGGUGCUCAGCAUCCUGGGGACCCAGCACCAGCACCUGUACCCCAACAUCCUGCACCUCGUCAUGGCCGACGGGGCCUACCAGGAAGAUAAUGACGAGUAGCCGGUAUUGUCCCGGUCUUGUCCCGGUCUUCCGAGGUCUUCCCGGGACAGAAGGUCUAUGCAUGGGGUGUCGUCGUAGCGUCACAUCUGAAAGUGUUUCAGGCACACUUGCAUGAUGGGUAAUGCGGUCCCACGAUGGCCGCGGCCUCUUCCUCCACUCUUUGACACCAGGAGUAAUGUUGCUACAGGAAGUGCAUUAACCAGUGUGUGUUCUUACUAACCAAAGGUCUGCCCCUCCCCCUUCUGUCGCACACAUACGUGUGUGUGUGUGUGUGUGUGUGUGUGUGUGUGUGUGUGUGUGUGUGUGUGUGUGUGUGUGUGUGUGUGUGUGUGUGUGUGUGUGUGUGUGUGUGUGUGUGUGUGUGUGUGUGUGUGUGUGUGUGUGUCUUAAAAUGUGUUGUCUGGUUCUUUGCUCGGACACCUUGUUCUAAACGAUGUUCCACGCUCCAGGAUCUCACAGGAUUCUGGUUCUGCUUUCCACACGUUCACGUUGUGUUGUUGUUCAGAGGACCUGGUUGAGGACUUCUCUGCUCAUACACCAGCACCGUCUCACUCCUCCACCUGAGUAGCAGGGUGUAGUUCUCCACCCUUUCUCCACCCGCCAUGAUGACACACAACCAGUUGAACCUCUCUUCCUACGAGCUAGCUCAGACGGACUGUAGGCCACUUGAACACCUUUUAUUUUCUACCUGUUUCUACUUGUUUAUUUAACACAAGACUUUCUGAAGAUCAGUGAUGGUCUGUCUGGUUGCCAUGGUGAUGUACCGAGGGAGCUAACACGAUAUAUAUGUUCCACUGACACGACUGUAUGAGUUCCCGUGAAAUGGGAAAAAUAUUAUUCUUUCUAUAAAAUAAAACCCUUUUUUAACAAA